AUGAAGAAGAGAAACCUCUUUUCAAAUAAAAACCGCCACAUAAAGAAUAAAAACUAUCUUCGGAAGAAGAACAAAUAUUUCACUGACCAGAAAUUCCUUCGAAAAUUUAAAAAGUUUGCGAAAUCAGAUGAGCCAAAAAAGGAGUUAGUUCGGAGUGACCCUAUAAAAAACUUCUUCUUCACGCCCAACCAUGCCAAUCAAGAUGCACAUGCAGGGGAGGAGAACACAGAAGAGGGGAAAGAAGAAGAGCAAGGGACAGACAUAAAAUCCGCUAAUGGAGAUGAUAUCCAAGAAGACCAAAGGGAGGAUUCCCCAAUAAUCACAAAGCACAACAACGGCAUUACACAUUCCCUACGUGGAAACAAAACAAAAGGGAGUGCUACGAAAAAAAAAAACUCUCCUGACGAAUCGCAGCAACAUCCGAAGAACGAUAGCGAGGAUGAGACCCAAACAGAGCACCAAAGGAAGAACCACGGAAGGCAUGGAAAAUCUGUAUAUAGCAAAGAAAUUAACAUAGUUUCUAUGAAAAGGAAAGAGAGAGAGUUGUACUUGAAGGAGAAAGAAGCGGCAAUCCAGAAAAGUGAACAAGAAAAAAAAAAAAAAAAAAUGAUAAGAAUUAAAAAGUUUAAAAAGUUAAAUAAAAAAACAAAGAAGGGUCAACCAGUCAUGAAAAAUUUGAUAAAUCAUUUGUUAAAAAAGAUAUGA